UUGAUUUUUCCAUUCAAAGAAGGUGGUUUCCUCCAUUGACCAGAUUACUUUCUGGCUAACUUGCUUGCUUCAUCUUCUUCUUAUCGUCCAUCAAGCACGUAUACUUAAUAUAUAUUAUAUUGCCAAUGGACGGUUUCCCUAUUCUACAUUUUCUUCCUCAUCACUGUUAUUUAGACCCUCAAAUUCUAAGUCCAGUUUCACAAAGUCUUAUUUGCCAGUUUUUGUUCUUCUUCUUCCAUGGCAGAUUGAAGUAAAGAUUAUCCAGUUAUGGGAAACUGUGUGAGGAAGCCUGUUAAGUGUGCUCAUGCUUCUUCCAGUAAUUUUCCUCCAUCUGGAGCUACAAAGCCUAAUGGUGAUGCAAAGCAAGUUUCAACCUCUCCUAGCGGGGAAUCAUCAUUUAGAAGCUUGAACAAAUCUUUGAUUGCAUCCAAAGUUGAUGUAUCUGCACAUAGCAAUCUCAAGUCCUUUAGCUUUACUGAUUUGAAGAAUGCCACCAAGAACUUCCGUUCAGAAACUUUGCUCGGAGAGGGAGGUUUUGGGUGUGUUUUCAAAGGAUGGAUUGACUUGAACACAUUUGCUCCUACCAAACCUGGAAGUGGAGUUAUUGUUGCAGUCAAGAAGCUCAAGCCAGAAAGCUGUCAGGGUCACAAAGAGUGGCUUACAGAAGUAACCUAUCUCGGUCAGCUUCAUCAUGAAAAUCUAGUGAAACUCAUUGGGUAUUGUUCCGAGUCUGAUAAUAGACUUCUAGUCUAUGAAUUUAUGCCGAAGGGAAGUUUGGAGCAACAUUUAUUUAGAAAAGGUGUUCAGCCUAUCACUUGGACUAUGAGAAUGAAUAUUGCAAUUGAUGUAGCAAGGGGGUUGUCCUUCUUGCAUGGGUUGGAUGCCAAUGUAAUCUAUCGCGACUUGAAGGCAUCCAAUGUUCUACUUGAUUCGGAUUAUAAUGCUAAGCUUUCAGAUUUUGGCUUAGCAAGGGAUGGCCCUACUGGAGAUAACACACACGUUUCAACCAAGGUUUUGGGAACUCGGGGCUAUGCUGCUCCAGAGUAUGUAGCCACAGGUCAUUUGACCCCGAAGAGUGACGUGUACAGCUAUGGUGUUGUCUUGUUAGAGUUGCUAUCAGGACGAAGGGCAAUGGAUGAAGAGAGAGGCGGUCCAGACGAAACCCUGGUGGAUUGGGCGAAGCCUUUCUUGAUCGACAGCAGGCGAGUUUUGAGAAUCAUGGACACUAGACUGGGUGGACAGUACCCUAAGAAAGCAGCCCAAGCCGCGGCUGCACUCGCGUUACAGUGCCUGCACACAGAUCCCAAGAACAGGCCACCCAUGAUUGAUGUUCUAGCAACUUUAGAAAAACUCAACACAUCAAAGGACAUCCCAAGAACAGCACGUCCAGUUAAGCUGGAUAAUCAUGGGAUCAAGCCUAUGAACAGCUCUUACAGGAUAACCAAAACAUAAGCAAAUCUAUAAACUAUCCUUUCCUUGUAUCCUAUUUUUGGCAUCGCUCUACUCAGGGCUGGUUAGAUGUAUGAAGUUGCACCUGAAAGUAUGAGGAUCUGUAAAUGGCUAGAAGAUGCAUGAUGCAAUAGUGGAAGCGUGUGCAUGUCUCUCAUCUCUGUGAAGACUAGUGUCAUGGACAAAGACAACCGGCUUAGCUAUUUGUAAAAUGUACUUGAUUAUUUAAUUUCAUUUGCAGGAGGAUGCGUUGUGGAAGAAAAUUAUAAAGUGAGGGUCAUUUCCUACA